AUGAGUUUUUCAUGGUUUGCUCGCUUGGAUCAUUUAGAGCAAAGAGUGUGGAUAGAAGAAACAGAAGCUAAUGUUUUAUGGAAAGGAAAAACAUCAUAUAACAGGGUCUCAUGCAUCUAUAAUGAUGAAUUUCUACAACUUGCCACUCUAAACUUUGAGUUUAAGCAAUUUCUAUACAAAAAUGAACUUAAUGAACUUAAUGAACAUAAUAGGUGGGUUAAAAAGUGUGGUCUGAUUAAUAUGGGAUUCGGCAGAGAAAAAAGCACUUGUUGUUACUUUGUUGUUGUUGCAAGUUUAACAUCCCUCCCUCACGACUUUUACGUUCGAAUGCUUAUAGCUAAAACUGCAAUUAUAAUCACAGUUACAGAUGAUUUCUUUGAUACUGUUGGUUCUCUCAAUGAACUAGAAAUCCUUACCGAAGCAGUUCAAAGAUGGGAUAGUAGAAGCCUAAGUAGCCACAGCAAAGUUAUAUUUGAUGCACUUGAUGAUCUUGUGAGUGAAGCUUCUAAAAAAUAUCUCCAACAAGAAGGAACAUGUGAUGAUAUCUUAGGAGACUUCACACUGUUGAUGCAAUUGCAGAAUUCUUCACCAUCCAAUGGUUGA